GGCGUUUCCGUCGACGUCAAAUGUGCGCGACGGCCGCUAAGGACCCCUAUUAUUGUUUUUCCCGAGCGUCUUGAAAGAUGUCGGUAAACUAUGCAGCCGGCCUGUCGCCUUACUCUGACAAAGGGAGAUGCGGGCUGCCGGAGGUAUUUGAUUCACCAGAUGAGUUGCAUCGAAAGGUGGAGCAACUCGCCGACAUGGUCCGGAAAGCCUCAUGUGUUGUGUUUCAUACAGGAGCUGGAAUCAGCACUUCUUGCGGAAUCCCUGAUUUUAGGGGUCCUAAUGGUGUAUGGACAUUGGAAGAAAGGGGUCUAAAUCCAAAAUUUGAUACUACAUUUGAAACGGCCUGUCCUUCUGCAACCCACAUGGCACUUCUACAGCUGCAGAGUGUUGGUAUCUUGAAGUUUUUGAUCAGUCAAAAUGUGGAUGGGUUACAUGUGAGGUCUGGAUUCCCUAGGGAAUUUCUUUCAGAGUUACAUGGAAACAUGUUUGUUGAGGAAUGUAGCAAAUGUGGGACACAAUAUGUUCGAGAUUUUGUAGUGGGAACGAUGGGACUAAAACCUACUGGCCGACUCUGUGAUGUUCCCAAAGUAAGGGGCUUACGGGCAUGCAGGGGAAAACUGAAAGACACCAUACUGGAUUGGGAGGACUCUCUGCCUGAUAGAGACUUGAAUCUAGCUAAUGAAGCCAGCAGAAAAGCAGAUCUAGCCAUCACGCUUGGAACAUCCCUUCAAAUUAAACCCAGUGGGAAUCUUCCUCUUCUGACAAAACGCAAAGGGGGGAAACUGGUCAUAAUAAACCUGCAGCCAACCAAACAUGAUCGUUAUGCUGAUUUGCGAAUUCACGGAUAUGUAGAUGAGGUUAUAACACAGCUCAUGCAGCUUCUGGAUCUGAAGAUUCCUGUAUGGACUGGCUUUCCAACUGACACAGACCCAAGUAAGCCGGUCAUUAAAUCUGAGACGCCUCCCUACUACAGCAGAGGCCUGAAUUCUUCACAGUAUCAAAACGAGAAGAGGGAGUGUUGCAUUGAGGAGAAGCCCCACCUGCCAAAGCGUGCAAAAGUCGAGACCACUGUUGCAUGAAUGUAUAUUUCCAUUUGCAGUCGGGCUGCCUUUUUAAAGAAAAAAAAACAAAAAAAAACUAAUGCAGAUCCCAGGUGUGUGAACAGUGGGCAAAGUGCAUCUAAACCGGAGCAAAGUUAAACAAUCACAGGGAUUGCCCUGGAUAACAUUUGGAAUUCACUGCUGUGGAUUUUAGUUUUAUUGUGAGAUCUGUCAUUCCAUUUUAAAAGAAUACUUAAUCUUACAUUGUAUGAAAGAACAAAUAUUCACUGUAUAUAUGUAAAGGUUUCAGUGUGUCGAGUACAAAAUCCCAGCUUUCGGAAUCCUGACAGUUAGACUGACGGUGGAACCUGUCGGAGAGAAUCCUGAUGGAUCGCGUAAAGUAUUUAAAAGCUAGCACUAAUCCCAUCUCUUCCCAACCCCCCCCCCCAAUACCCCAGCACAGCCCAACACUAACCUCCCCUUCCCCCGCAGCCUACGCCUAACCCUACCCCCUGGGAUUCCGCUGUCUUUCUUCUGAUUUUCUGGAUCCUGACCGCAUCCGGUUAUAGUUACAGAGAGCAAAUGAGAUUAUCAAGUGCUUAGAAGAGUAAUCUUUUCCUGUAAACUGCUAAAAGUACAUUAAUUCUAAAAAGGAUGACCAAGAACAGUGGUUACGCCCAACUGCAUAGGAAGAAUAAUGCCCAAGAUGGUAAAGUUUCUAUAACAAAACAAUUUUAAUAAAUUGAUUUUUAAUGCA